GGCCUGCUGACGCGUGAGCAAAAAGGGCGGUGGCCGGUGGCACGCAGCCAGCGACGUCGCCUCUACACUCUGGCCGUAGCCGCCGGCCUCGUGUCUCUCUCUCUCUCUCGUUUUCGUCCACCGACCGGCGAGCAGCGCCCGGGUCCUAUAAAACUGCCGCGCCCAACCCCUAUGGCAUCGUGUCGCCACGCCAUUACUGACCAGAGACCGCCUCCUCUGCACUCUGCACACAUCGUCGCGUCCCCGAUCCGGGAGCAGUAAACUAACAAGGGAGGGAUCCUCAUCCAGGUCCAGACCAGCAGCAAGGCGAGAGGACGACCGUACCGUACCGAUAGGCGAUAAGUUCUUGCUCUGCUCUCCGGCCCACGGUAGAUCCGCUUCUUCGCUGACCAGUCUUUGCUCCCGCUAGCUAGCUACCUGUCCGCUGCUCCAUGUCCAUGGCCACGAGAGCGAUCGCCACCGCCCGCCGGAGUGGGCUCGCCGCCGCGUUCUCCUCGUGCAGGCGCGGAGGAGCUCGGGGUUUGUCGCACAGCAGCACCCAGCUUCGCCGGGAGGAGGACCAGAGCGCCGACCGUCACGGCGAGGCGGCGGCGGUCACCGCGGCGCAGGUGGAGGCGUCGAUGAACCGCAAGAACGUGGAGGUGGUCCAGGGGGACCGAUCCGCGACGCUGCUCCCGGACGACGCGGUCGACGCGCUGGGAGACGUGGGCGCCGAGGCCGACGACGCCUGGGUGCCCGACCAGGAGACGGGCGUCUUCGUCCCCGCGGAGGAGGCCGCCGGCAGCGGCAGCGUCAGCGGCGCCGACGGCCCGCACGAGCAGCCUGGGCCGUCGGUGCUGGACCAGGCGGUGUUUGUGCGCGAGGACAUGGAGGACGUCGAGAGGCCCGCCGUCGACAUGGGCAGCGCCGACGCCAAGUGAACGCCCGCGCCUCGCCGCCGCCGCGUAGACUUGUUAAGGAGUCUCUCACCCCGGCGGACCCGUAGGCCUGUAGCUGCAACUAGCAAUGGAGGACGAUAGCUGUAGCAAGUAUCGUUCAAAAGAUAGCUGUAGCAAGUAAGCUUCCUCCCUGAUGGAAUAAAUCCCUUCUCCUCUUUCUACAAGGUUCCAAAAGUUACUGCUAGUUCGAAGCUCCAAGAAUUUGCAUCUCAAGUUCCCCUUAGACCUGAUCCAAUAACCUGCAUCACAUUCUAGUGGUCUCAGUCACCUGCAUCACAUUCUAGUGAAGACACUGUUCUCUGUUUAGACUUUGAGACCCGGAAGAAGGAAGUGAAGCAUCGCUUAUAUUAAAAAAAAAAAGAAGCAAGCGGACUCUUUUUUUUUCUCUUCAAAAUAGGAUUCCAUCCCGUAUGCAAGUACGGAUGGGGUUUAGAAUCCUAUUUUGAAGAGAAAAAAAGAAAACAGAAACGAAGCCCCAAACCUCAACGGAGAAAAAAAAAGGUUUACAUACAGAUCAAGAGUCCAAAACAGCAGCAUUUUGCAUUG